AUGAGAGUAACACAAUUAGAUGCUGUAUCGCUGGAAAACGACAUCUACCAACAAAUCUGGGAUGAUGUAAAUAAGAACUUUCUCCCCGUUAAAUACUAUGAAGAAUGGGAGCUUUUCAUAAAAUCAUUGGUGUUUUUAGCCUCAACAAAAAAGACGCCAUCUGGAACAAUAACAUACGGAUCAUCUUUAACAGGUAACUACUACACAUCAUCAAGACUAGCACUCUACAUCGUACAAAUUCUUAUACAAUAUCUCAGCAGAAAGUUAUCAUCAGCAGCUAUCAAUUUCCAAAUUCUAUCAAUCGACAAAUUAUACAAAUUCGUUAACAAAUGUAUGACAAUAUGGGAUUUUACAACAUUACUCCAACUAAUCAGCGGUAAAAGAAGAGGUUACCUAAGCAUAUGGCACAAAUUACUUGAUAUACAAUCGUUACAAAGCUCAAAUUCCGAGUUUUAUCGCAAUACAGUUUACUCUGGAAUUGAAUUUCUCAAUCGCCAACUUCUAUGGAACACCCUACUAGAAGUCCUUAACGUCGAUAUAAUAGCGUCAUUACUGGUUAAAGCCUCCCGCAAACGGCCCAGUAGACGCAUCAAACCAAAAACAACAAAACAAUUAUGCACUUACUGCAACGAAGUACCCACAAAUCCAUAUCUUACAACAUGCUGCAACUCAAUUUAUUGCUACGUUUGUGUAUUAACGUCCCUUGAGCGAAACACCUGCUACGGAUGCGAUACCCAAGAAAAAUUUACUGCAACACCACUUUACCGUCUAACUUUAACUAAUAACCAAACAAUUAAGUAA